AUUCGAACCAGAAUCGGGACUUCCUAACGCUGCAGCCCCUGCGUCCCUCCCGCGGUUCCAGCUCCAAUCUCCGUGCCAGUCGCUCGCCCUCAGCCAGUCGAAGCACCGAGCAAACUUUGUAACCGUUGAAUGUUAGCCUGCCUAACUUGCCACACUUGCAAUUCAGACCAAACCAAUCAGAAUCAUUGAUAAAUCGAAAUAAACGCGAAUUUAAACGCUAUUAAACCGCCUGCCACUGCUUCUUCUUUUCCCUGUUCUCUCUCUGUCUCUGUUUUUCCUGUUUGUCUAUCUUUUUCUACGGCUCACGCACCUGCCUGUCCAGCUGUCAAUCAAAAAAGCGAAAUAACUCUUUCCGAAAAUUUAUUCAUCGCACAUUCAGCACACAAACUGCACUAUAAAUCAGCGCCAGUGUGCAUACAACACAUUUUCAAGAUCCUAAAAACGAAUCCAUUGUGAAACGCUGAAAGUAUAAAAAAAAUAGUAAAUUAUUUUUAAAAACCAAAAGUGCUUAAAAGAAAAAAGAGAAAGUGCAUUGUAUACAAAAUUACAGUUUUCAAAGUAAAAGUUUAACAAAGCUUAAAGAACAUUUCAAUGCAAAAAAUAUAUUAUUCUUCCAAUUUGUUUAUUUGGAUCUGUUUGUAUAGCAACUUAUGACAAUAAAAACAAAUCAAAUCGAUUCACGAAUUUGAGUAAUCUGAAGAGUUUAAACAAAAUAACUUGUAAACAAAAUAUUUAAGCAAUGAGCUGUGUUUAACAGCACAGGAUUCUAUUCAAAAUAAAAUUGUGAUCUUAAAAAAAUCCAUAAACUGAAAAACAAAAGGCUAAGAGAUAACUCAUUCCAUCACCACACAAAUCACACAAAAAGCUAAGCUUUUUUCGAACUGACAAAUACGCGACUAACCCAAACAACAAAGAAAAAACGCAGAUAGACUUUUAAAGUAACACAAGUCGUACCUUUCUAUGCGCCACAAUUCGCCAGUGUCCCGGGAGCGAGCCAGCGAGGCAGCGGCAGCCACUCAGACAGCAGCGGCGACUGCGGGCGGAGCGAGUGCCACGAGUGCCGCAGGAGGAUCAGGAACGGGAACCGGACCCGUGGCAGCGACCACAACAACGGCGGCCGGGGGGGCGACUUCCGGAUCGGGGGCAGCCUCGGCGAACACGAACAGCAAUUCCUCGGCCUCAUCCAGCACAGUGGCAGCUGCACAGGCGGCUGUCUACAGCGGCGGCAACACGGUGACCGGCAGCUUGGUCAGCGGCGGGGUGGCGGCCCGAGGCUUCCGCAGCCACAGCCCCACCCACAGGAGGCGGAGUCGCGAACGCCAGCGACGCACCCAUGGCUCCGACCAGGGCGGACUGCUGGCCUACAGCGGUCUCGUCGGCGUCAACGACAUGACGGACUUCCUCGGCCCCCAACAAAGCAGUGGAGGAGGUGGCGGGGGAAGCGCCGGCACUGGCAGCGGUCUGGAGGACUCCCGGCUGUCCGGCAACGAGGACUACUACUCCUCCUUCGUCUCGGACGAGUUCGACAGCAGCAAGAAGGUCCAUCGCCGCUGCCACGAGCGCAGCUCCAGCGUCCAGGCCAUCGACCGGUUGAACACGAAGAUCCAGUGCACCAAGGAGUCCAUCCGCCAGGAGCAAACUGCCAGGGAUGAUAAUGUGAACGAGUAUCUUAAGUUGGCAGCCAGCGCGGAUAAACAGCAGCUGCAGCGUAUCAAGGCUGUUUUUGAGAAAAAGAACCAGAAGAGCGCACACAGCAUCUCGCAGCUGCAGAAGAAGCUGGACAACUACACAAAGCGGGCCAAGGACCUGCAGAAUCACCAGUUCCAGACGAAGAGCCAGCACCGCCAGCCGCGCGAAGUGUUGCGCGAUGUGGGCCAGGGACUCCGAAAUGUCGGAGGCAACAUCCGCGAUGGCAUCACCGGCUUCUCCGGAUCCGUGAUGUCCAAGCCGCGGGAGUUCGCGCACCUGAUCAAGAACAAGUUUGGCAGCGCCGACAACAUCAACCAGAUGAGCGAAGCCGAGCUGCAGGGCAUGCAGUCCGCAAACGCAGAUGUUCUGGCGGGCAGUGAGCGACUGCAGCAAGUGCCCGGUGCCGGAACCUCAACGGGAUCGGGAGGCGGUGGUCAGAACAACAACACUGGCGGAGCGGGCAGCGGUACCGGAAAAUUCAACAGUGACAACGGCAGCGAAUGCAGCAGCGUGACCAGCGAAAGUAUACCUGGGGGGUCUGGCAAGAGCCAGUCGGGUGCCAGCCAAUACCACAUAGUGCUCAAGACAUUGCUAACAGAGCUCGCCGAGCGAAAGGCCGAGAACGAGAAGCUCAAGGAGCGCAUCGAACGGCUGGAGACGGGCCAAAAGGAAUUCAACAAUCUGACCGCCACACUCGAAAGUGAACGCUAUCGUGCCGAGGGACUCGAGGAGCAAAUCAAUGACUUGACGGAAUUACAUCAGAAUGAAAUUGAGAAUCUGAAGCAAACGAUUGCCGACAUGGAGGAGAAAGUACAAUACCAAAGCGAUGAAAGACUACGUGACGUCAACGAAGUGCUCGAGAACUGUCAAACGAGGAUAUCGAAAAUGGAGCACAUGUCGCAGCAACAAUAUGUCACCGUCGAGGGCAUUGAUAAUUCCAAUGCACGGGCCUUGGUUGUGAAACUCAUCAAUGUGGUAUUAACGAUAUUGCAAGUGGUACUUCUGCUUGUGGCCACCGCCGCAGGCAUAAUAAUGCCUUUUCUCAAAACGAGGGUCCGCGUUCUUACCACAUUUUUGUCAAUUUGCUUCGUCAUAUUUGUGAUACGACAGUGGCCGGACGUUCAGGAUAUUGGAUCCGGCCUGGUACGGCAUCUCAAGCAAUCGCUGGUGGUCAAGUGAACUCGGUCGGGCUGGUGGCCACCAUCUCAUCUUUGAGUAGUUCAUACGUUCUUUAGUUAGCCUAAGUUCUAAAGCGCAUAUUUUGUAUAUAGCUUAUAAAUAACGAUUAUACCAAUUAUUUUUAACUGAAA